AUGCUCCGCCGGUCGCUCUGGCUCUGCCUUUGCCUCUGCUCCUGCCCGGCCCGCGGUUUACGCAUCCAUGAAUACUUGUAUUUCCAAGUGCUGAGCCCUGGAGACAUUCGCUACAUCUUCACCGCCACUCCGGCCAAGGAUUUUGGUGGCGUGUUUAACACAAGGUACGAGCAGAUCCACCUGGUCCCAGCGGAUCCCCCCGAAGCCUGCGGAGAGCUCAAUAAUGGCGUCUUCAUCCAGGACCAGAUUGCCUUGGUGGAGAGGGGGGGUUGCUCAUUCCUGUCAAAGACGCGUGUGAUCCAGGAGCACGGCGGACGGGCGGUGAUCAUCGCAGACAACGCCUACGAUAACGACAGCUUCUACAUCGAGAUGAUCCAGGACAGCACCAGGCGGACAGCCGACAUCCCCGCGCUCUUCCUGCUGGGCAGGGACGGAUACAUGAUCAGACGCUCCCUGGAGCAGCAUGGGCUCCCCUGGGCCGUCAUCUCCAUCCCUGUCAACGUCACCAGCAUCCCCACCUACGAAAUGAUGCAGCCCCCCUGGACCUUCUGGUAGCAGCAGGAGGCUGCAGCAGAUCGAGGACUUCUCGGUGGAUCCCAGGAGCUUGCCCCCAGGCCCCAGGUUUGAGGAAAAGAUCCCACCACGCUCCAGAGAUUCCACUGCCCAGCCUCGCCGGAUCCAGCAACCAGGAAACCUUUGUGCUGCCACCAGAACGUGGCUGAAGGGCAACCACCAGCCCCCGUGGUGGCAACCUUGAACCUGGCACCCAGCACCCUUUGCAGUGACUUUGUGGGAGGGAGGAGAUGGCCCAGAACAGGCCAGUACUUCCCCAAGUAACGUUUUAACGAUACGUAAGAUGCCACCAGUAAUUUGUGCUGCUGAUGUAGAGGGAUGCAGGGUUACAGCCAGAGAGGGAUGGGAGGGAGAGAGAUACAGGCUUGGUCUGUACUAGCAGGGCUCGCCCAGCAUCUGUAUAUUUUUGUCUGAGCUAAUGAAGUGUGAACAAGUUUUAGAGAAA